CUUCUUUUUAUUAACAUAUCACUUGAGAAUCAAAACAGAGAGAAAAAGAAAGGGGGGAGGAGGGGGGGGGGGGGGGGGGGGGGGGGAGGAAACUACCCGGCAUCAAUGAAUCCUAAUCCAAACACAGCGACCAUAGCUCGAGCAAGAAUUGUGUUUGAAACCUUUAACGGGAAGAUGGGUCCUUGUUUAGCCCUUGAAUUCUCAGAUAAAUCUCUUUUUCUAGCUAAUGUGGUUCUAAAUUUUAUACCUUUACUGAGUUUUCUGCAAUUUUUUUUCAGAAAAAGAUGAGCAUGAAGGCUCUUGGAGACGAAGCUCUGUUCCGUGAUCUGCAUUUCUUCUUAUCUGAAAAAAUCUCACACGGGCUGUGGCUCUCUUGAACUUUUGUAUGCGACGGGCGAGAGGGCAGUGUGGUCAUUUGCCAAGGACUGGAGCAAAUGUAAUAUCGCAGUAACUUGAAGGGUAUUUAUGAAACAUGGACACACCGAACUAGCCAUUCCUUUCUAAAAGAUCCACUCUAGUUCCCUAAAACCUCUACAGCCCUAUCAAUGGCUGCAAUUGCAACUGCAGAGGCCCUCCAAAUUCACAGAUUCCCACAAUCCAAGUACGUCGACGGUCUCCGCUGGCUGCCACCGCUCUCCGCCUUCGACCGAUUCACAGCCUUCGCGUUUUUCGACUCCGAUUCCGGUGCAUCCUCCAUUGACAUCUAUGCUCUAAACCGGUCAAACCCACUAAACCCUACUCUUCAAUCCUCAUGGGCCUCUCCGGCAAGAGUCUCGUCUCUCAGAGUCUCCCAGAACCCCCACAAACCCCUAAUCGCCGCGUCGACUUUUGCAGGUUCCCUCCACAUCCUUGUGGCGAACUCAAUCGACGCGUCGCUCGAAUCAGAGCUCUCAGUGCCGGAGAAGAACUUGCACGAGGGGCCUGUUUCGUGCAUUGAUCUGCAGGAGAGUGGGGCUGAGUGUGUGAGUGUUGGGGAAGAUGGAAGGGUGAAUUUGGUCAGCCUUGGGGAUCCAAAGUUGAAUUGUCGCCGGGUUUUCGAAAGCAAUGGGCUGGUGUCAUAUAAUGCGGUGAGAUGGGCAUCGCCUGUAGAGUUUGCCACCGGAGGAUUGGGAUUUAGUCUUCAUUGGUGGGAUAUGAGAAAGCCCGGUGGGGCGGUUUCUCAGUUCAAGGGUAACUGGGCUCAAGGAACUACCUCUGGGAUUGUUCACUCCAUUGAUAUUCAUCCAUCACGAAAGCACACCUGUGUGGCAGGAGGAUCUUUAGGUACUGUGUUUGCCUGGGAUCUAAGGUGGCCACAGCAGCCAAUUAUUUUAUCCAUGGCUGGGAUGGGGGAGGGGGCAUCCCAUUCAGCAUGUGAAAGUGAGGCAUGGGAGGUCCAGUAUGAUCCUUACACACCCUCAGGCAAUUUCUCAUCCUCAAGGAUUUUGCCUGUUAUGGUCUGCUCAGAAGAUGGGAUCCUUGCUGUCGUUGAACAAGGUGAGGAACCUCUUGAGCUGUUGGCAGAGCCCUGCGCUAUCAACGGCUUCGAUAUUGAUAGACAAAAUCCUUCUGACAUGAUAUGUAGUUUGGAGUGGGAGUCGAUAGCCAUCUUGACGAGGCCAUAAUUUCCGCAAAUGGGCAUGAUGAAGAUAAAUCACGAGCCGUGAGCAGUCCGUGCACGUGCAUAGAGAAGGGGAGCCAUCGUUCUGUGUUGGAUAAAUGGGUGCGUCUGUGCGUCCUAGUGUUUUUGACCUGUCCUCAGAACGUAUGGUUUUGGAAAGGCGUUCUUGGCUGACCCAUAUUAUCUCAGAGAAGGAAGGAGCAUGUAUCGUGACAAUUACAGUUUUGCCUUUUCACUUGCAUCCUUAUCAAACGAAAAUGGUCAGAUUUGAAAUUUUAAAGAAAGUAUGCUCAGAAAUUGCUCA